UCCAAGUCUGGCUGGGCCUCACCUCGCCCCGCCCCGCCCGGCCGGCUCCGCUUCCUCCGCACCCCAUAGGCAGAGGCGACCCUCCCGCCUCCCCGCCUGCUCCGCGCUCGCCCCGCCUCGGCGCACUUUAAAAGUUUACUCGGGUCGGGACUCGGGCGUCGCGAACAAUGGCUGUCUACAUUGGGAUGCUGCGCCUCGGGAGGCUGUGCGCCGGGAGUCCGGGGGUGCUGGGGGCCCGGGUUGGCCUCUCCCGGGUCUGGCAGGAAGCAAAGCUGUGGGGCGUCCGUCCCCUCAGUUCCAGAGAGGUGGCUCGCACCGCCCCCCUGCCCGUCGGAGGCCUCAGCUUCGUCCAGGGCCACACCGAAGUGCGUCUUAUUAACAAGACUGUGGGGCAGUGCCUGGAUGCCGCAGCACAGAGGGUCCCAGACCGAGAGGCCCUGGUUGUCCUCCACGAAAACAUGAGGUUGACCUUUGCCCAACUCAAGCAGCAGGUGGACAAAGCUGCUUCUGGGCUCCUGAGUAUCGGCCUCUGCAAGGGUGACCGGCUGGGCAUGUGGGGACCCAACUCCUACGCAUGGGUACUCAUGCAGCUAGCCACGGCCCAGGCAGGCAUCAUUCUGGUGUCUGUGAACCCAGCCUACCAAGCUAUGGAACUAGAGUACGCUCUCAAGAAGGUGGGCUGCAAAGCCCUCGUGUUCCCCAAGCAAUUCAAGACCCAGCAAUACUACAACAUCCUGAAGCAGAUCUGUCCGGAGGUGGAGAAGGCCCAGCCAGGGGCCUUGAAGAGUCAGAGGCUCCCAGAUCUGAGCACAGUCAUCUCGUUGGACGCCCCUCUGCCUGGGACGCUGCUCCUGGAUGAGGUGGUGGCAGCUGGCGAUCAAGAACAGCAUCUGGCCCGGCUCCGGCACACACAGCAGUUCCUGUCCUGCCAUGACCCCAUCAACAUCCAGUUCACCUCGGGGACAACCGGCAGCCCAAAGGGGGCCACGCUUUCCCACUACAACAUUGUCAACAACUCCAACAUGAUAGGGGAGCGUCUGAGGCUGCACCAGAAGGCACCAGACGAGUCGCGGGUGGUCCUGCCCAACCCCUUGUACCACUGCCUGGGUUCCGUAGGGGGCACAAUGGUGAGCUUGAUGCACGGGGUCACCCUCGUCCUGUCCUCUCCGGUCUUUGAUGGCAAGAAGGCGCUGGAGGCCAUCAGCAGAGAGAGAGGCUCCUUCCUGUAUGGCACCCCCACAAUGUUCGUGGACAUUCUGAACCAACCAGACUUCUCCAGUUAUGACAUCUCAGCCAUGUGUGGAGGUGUGAUCGCGGGGUCCCCUGCACCCCCAGAGCUGAUCCGAGCCAUCAUCAACAAACUGAACAUGAAGGAUCUGGUGGUGGCUUAUGGAACAACAGAGAACAGUCCUGUGACCUUUAUGAACUUCACCGAGGACACUGUGGAGCAGAAGGCAGAAAGUGUGGGCAGAAUUAUGCCUCACACAGAGGCCCAGAUUGUAAACAUGAAGACGGGAUCACUGGCAGAGCUGAACACGCCUGGAGAGCUGUGCAUCCGAGGGUACUGCGUCAUGAUGGGCUACUGGGGUGAGCCGCGGAAGACCGACGAGGCAAUCGGACAGGACAAGUGGUAUCGGACAGGAGACAUCGCCACGAUGGACGAGCAGGGCUUCUGCAAGAUUGUGGGGCGCUCCAAGGAUAUGAUCAUCCGGGGCGGUGAGAACAUCUACCCGGCCGAGCUCGAGGACUUCUUUCACACACAUCCACAGGUGCAGGAAGUGCAGGUGGUGGGAGUGAAGGAUGACCGGAUGGGGGAGGAAAUCUGUGCCUGCAUUCGGCUCAAGAAAGGGGAGGAGACUACAGCGGAGGAGAUCAAGGCUUUCUGCAAAGGGAAGAUCUCCCACUUCAAGAUUCCCCGAUACAUUGUGUUUGUCACAGACUACCCCCUCACUGUCUCAGGAAAGAUCCAGAAAUUCAAACUUCGAGAGCAGAUGGAACAACAUCUAAACCUGUGAAUAAAGGAGGGGUGGGCGGUCCUCCCAGGCCCUUUCUGCCCUUCCCCCACAUUCCCCCUGUGGUCUUUGUGAUUUGGCAUAAAGAGCUUCUCUGUUUA